AUGUUUUUCGAGGCAAAUGCAAAAAUCAAACUGGGGUUUCUGGGUCUUACACACAACACAAUUGGCGUGGCCGGGGUUCCAUUUUUCACUUUGCAUCGUGUAGCGCAGGGCUACCAUGAAUCACAUCAAAACGCAGCUAUUUUCACAGUAAGGUGGGAUUUCCGUGAUGGUGUAGCUCUUGACUCAUUUCGUCAUCCUGAUGAACUAAAAAUUCAGCCAAGCUUGACCAGAUUAUGGCCUCAUGAGAGUUGCCAUCCUCUCGCUCGACUCUUCACAGCAUUUGUCUACUGGCACACACACACCCAAUACUACAUUUCCUCUUCAGAUGCAACGUCAAUCAACUGUAGUUCCAUACAUCCGCCCAAUAGUCCCAAGUGGGAUGAAGACAAGGACACCGGAAUUGGCUCUGUGUUGACCUCGUACACCCCGACACACGCACACGCAGAGACGUACGCAUCAGACGGCCCGAACGCGAAAACGCAGACCGCACAUGGAAAACUCGCUUUGUUCCAUGCAUGGUCAAACGCGCUCGCAGUGCGCAAGCGCCGCAUGUUCAUCUCAACUUCGUCGACUCUUACACGGCUUCCCCGAGAAAGCUUCAGCAGUGUGGCUGCAUACACACUUGAGCUUGAAGCAACAACACGACAGGAAGGCGAUACGGCAACGAGCAAGUGUUGUAAUCAGAGGGCCCAAUCCAAGAAUUUAGUUUCCAUUCCAUGCAUUAAGGGCGUCGAGAAGUUUCGUCUAUGCCAUCAAAUCGUUCUGAACAUCGUACAUGCUAUGCGGGUUUUGGAGGAUGGGUAG